AGAAAAGAGAAAAGGCCAAGAAAGAAAAAAAAUCAUUUUUAUCAUCUCUUUCCAUGAUGGAAACGAUUGACCUCUAAGUUUAUUUUACUUCAAGUGUCCAAAGGAACUCCAAGAACUUCUCCUUCCUUUAGAUUUUUCCUGUGGUCGGUCUGAAAAUAUCUCUGUUUAAUCGAUAGAUUACUCAGGAAUGUACUUCGAAGGUUUCUGUCAGUGAGCUAGUGUAACUUUGGUGCAAGCAUUGGAUCUACAAGUGAAGAGAAUCUAGAGAUGAUGAGUUCUACUUCUCCAACUCAUCUUGCAUCGUUGAGAGACAUGGGAAUCUAUGAACCAUUUCAACAAAUGGUCUCUUGGGGGAAUGUUUUCAAAUCUGAUAUCAAUGAUCAUAGUCCAAACACUGCUUCUUCCUCUGUUAUUCAAGUGGAUCACAACAUCAUCAAGGCGAAUUACCCUUCUUCUUCCCAUAACCAGAUCGAAGUAGAACCUUCUAGUAAUGAUCAUCAGGAGGAUGAAGAUGGUGGCAGGAAUCAUGAUAAGAUGAAACGGCGUUUAGCUCAGAACAGAGAAGCUGCUCGCAAAAGUCGCUUGAGAAAGAAGGCUUAUGUUCAACAGUUAGAAGAAAGUCGGUUAAAGUUAUCACAGUUAGAGCAAGAACUCGAAAAGGCUAAGCAGCAGGGAAUGUACUCGUCAGGUUCGAGCUAUGUAGGACCAUCAGGGAGUAUUAACCCUAGUAUUGCUGCAUUUGAGAUGGAAUAUUCACAUUGGCUUGAAGAACAAAGCAGGAGGGUCAGCGAAAUCCGAACCGCGCUUCAAGCUCGUAUAAGCGACAUAGAACUGAGGAUGCUUGUAGAGAGUUGCUUGAACCAUUACGCGAAUCUUUUCAGAAUGAAAUCUGAUGCAGCCAAAGCCGAUGUUUUCUACUUGAUAUCCGGAAUGUGGAGAACUUCUACAGAAAGACUCUUGCAAUGGAUUGGAGGGUUCCGUCCGUCAGACCUUUUAAAUGUUGUGAUGCCGUAUCUUCAGCCAUUAACUGAUCAGCAAAUCUUGGAAGUGAGAAACCUUCAACAAUCAUCACAACAAGCAGAGGAUGCUCUCUCUCAAGGGAUCGAUAAACUUCAGCAAAGUUUAGCUGAAAACAUAGUGAUUGAUGUGGUUAUGGAGUCCAAUGAUUACCCAUCUCACAUGGGUGCAGCUAUUGAGAAUCUUCAAGCACUAGAAGGCUUCGUGAAUCAAGCGGAUCAUUUGAGACAACAAACAUUGCAGCAAAUGGCAAAGAUCUUAACGACAAGACAAUCAGCUCGAGGUUUGCUUUGUCUGGGAGAGUAUCUUCAUAGGCUACGUGCUCUUAGCUCUCUAUGGGCAGCUCGUCCACGGGAACACACAUAAAAAGAAAACACAAGUCUAAAGCUUGGAAUGAUGCUAAGUAGAACGUUAUGAAGUAUCUCGCUCCAUAUAUUUUGAGACAAAGAAGAUGUAGAUUUGAGUGGAAACUUUGCAAUAUAUUAUUAGAUACCAAAAAAAUAAGUGUAUGCUCGUUAGUGUAAUAUUAUUUUAUAUGUUCGAAGUCU